UCCCACAAAGGUUCCUAACGUCCGCUAUGAGCUGAAUGAUUCAGCUCCGUCCAUCCAGCCCAGAGCAGCAGCAGCAGCACAGGUUCACGUCCACAGAGACUUCAGCGCAGUUCGAGAUCAGGCCAUGAAAAUGAUCCAGGCUGCCUUCACUCUGCUGGACCAGGAGUUUCAGAAACUCGAUCGAGAGAAGUUAGAGGUUUCCAAAGCUGCUGCCGCUCUGCAAAGAGAGAAGGAGGCACAUGAAACACACAGACAACAACAGCAGCAGGAGCUGAAGGAGAUGCUGGAGAAACACCGCUGGCAGAACGAGGCGUGGCUCCGAGCGAGAGCAGAGGAGAACGACCGAGAGAGGAGGGAGAUCUGCAGACUCCGAGAGGAGGUGCUGCAGGACCAGGAGAGGCUGAAGGAGGAGCAGGACAGCGUCCAGAAACGCAGCCAGCAUCUGCUGUCCAUCAUGCAGCAGUUCAAAGGGAUGUAGAAAGCAGCCAAUCAGCUGCUGACCAGUUUCAUCUAACCUGGAACAGAUUUUAAAAGAUGGUUUACGACAAAAAUAAAGACGCAGUUUGGAGUUUAUAGGAGAUAAAUAUCAGAUCUGACAGAUAAACGAUAAACAGACUGAUUGGUUGAUCAAAUAAAAUUAAAUCAAAUUCAUCCAUCAUCCAUCCAUCCAUCCAUCCAUCCAUCCAUCCA